AUGAAUCCUGUAGCAACACCCAAAAAGCCAUUCCGGUUCCUUGACCUUCCCAAGGAGCUCCGACUCCGGGUGUACGAGCAGCUUGUGGAUGAAGUCGAGUACAACAUCCGAUACCGCACCACCCAACAAUUCCAGCAGCUUGCCCAUAGGCUCUUCGAGAAAAGGAUCAAGCGCCUCACAUUUCAUGAACUCAGUUGCCAUUUAGAAAUACUCCGAGCCUGCAAAACAACCUACGCGGAGGCCAAACCAACACUAGAAAAGUACUUGACGUCCAACGAGUAUCACGUCUCUUGCCACGGAUAUUCAGUGCUGGAGAUGAAGGCCUUCUUCGACAAGUUGGACCACGCACGCGCUAUACCUCAGAAUAAGUCGCGUCUCGCAAGCUUUUCUUAUGUGAAACGGGUCGAGACCCUAGACUUUGGAUCAUCCAAACACUUUAUAGCGUCGUCUCAAAAGUUCCGUUCUCGCCUUCGCGCACGCAGAUCGGAGAGUGUUGCCCUCCGCGUGGACUACUAUCCUAUAAGCACAGCUUUUCGCACCGACAUGAAACGACAACCGACACCAGAAGAAGCUUUUCAAGAGGACGCCUUUCAACAAGAUCUAGCUCUGUUGGCUUAUCUCAAAGCCGCCGAGAGCUACAACCUGUCCAUCAACAUCUUCCACGAGCACCGCUUGGUGUCUCUAGAGGAGUACGAUCGCGAAACAACCACUCCCUCCAACUUCCUAACCCAUACUCGCCGAAGCUUAGCAGUAUCUUUCUGGGUACUGUUCAACUCGGUUACGAUCAAUUACGUCCGCCCUAAUCUACUACCUUCCUGGCUCAUGGGCCUACAAGUGUUUAUCGGGAUCAUCGCGAUGGAGACGCUGAUAUUGCCCCUUUUCAACUAG